ACGAUGAAGAUUUAAACACAGACUUUUAAAUUCCUAUCUAAACACGCUUAGCUGCAGACAAGCCAAUAUUCUGUUAUGCUUAUUAUAAAAUUUUUAUAAAAGCAUAAUAACUCAACAUAAAAAUAUGUAUACUUUAUUACUAUGGUAAUUUUAUUUAAUUUUUCAGCAUCUUUAUGUAAUAAAUCAUUACCAAUUAUGAUAAUCUUUCGAAUAAUUUUUGAAAUAAUCUAUUUACUGAAAGACCACGCCUGAUGAUUUCUAAUUAUUCCCAUCCUAUUGACAAUAGAUAUUUUAGAUUGGCAUUAUUUACUCUAAAUAAGAAUAAUUCUACAGAUGAUUUCUAACGAUUAGAACGAAGACAUAAAAUAGUUCGAGUUGCGAAUAUGAUGGAGAAAACAGGUUGCUUCUUUCAAGUAGUCAUUCUAACCUCGUGCUGCCUCGUGCAUAUUCGUCUGGUGGCGAGGGGGUGGAGGCUGCGGCUGCGGCUGCGGCGGUGAUAGACGGAGGACGCGCGCGGAGUAUAAGCGUGUGUCAGCGUACAUCAUAAUACAGUGUGUUCGUGCCUCUAACAAAGACGGAAUAAAUCGAGAAAGACAUUUCUUUAUUUAACGAAAGGGAGAGCAACGAGUACGCGAAAGAAAGAUAGGAAAAGUGCGUGAAACGGGUCCAUGGUGUGAAACGAGGAUAGUAAGAUGGCGGGAUCACUAACGUGGUCAUGCACUUGUUGUCUACGAUUCAAGUUCAGCCCAGAAGAGAUCGAGCAACGAUACAAAAGUCAAGAGAUCGACCGGAUGCUAGAGAAAGAUCGGCAAACUUUCCGUAGGCAGGUUAAACUCCUGCUUCUCGGUGCUGGAGAAAGUGGAAAAUCAACAUUCCUUAAACAGAUGCGAAUUAUACACGGAAUUAAAUUUGAGCCUGAAUUAAUUAAAGAGUACCAGCAUAUAAUCUAUCAAAAUAUAAUUAAAGGAAUGAAAGUAUUGGUAGAUGCAAGAGAUAAGCUGAAUAUACCUUGGGAAAAUCCUAAAAAUUAUGAUAUUGGAUAUCAGUUAUUAAAAUUUGAAAAUACCAUGGUUUUGGAUACUAGAUUAUUUCUCCAUUAUGUACCAGCUUUACAAAGUUUAUGGAAAGAUGCAUCUAUAAAAAAAGCAUUUGAUAGAAGAAGAGAAUUCCAAUUAAGCGAUUCAGUCCAAUAUUUUCUGGAUAAUCUUGAUAGGAUUGCUAAAGUGGAUUACGCUCCUACACAUCAGGAUAUUUUACAUUGUAGAAAGGCAACAAAAGGAAUUUCAGAAUUUGUCAUACCAAUAAACAAUAUUCCAUUUCUAUUUGUUGAUGUUGGUGGACAGAGAUCUCAAAGACAAAAAUGGUAUCAAUGUUUUGACUGUGUGACCUCUAUAUUAUUUCUUGUAUCUUCUUCGGAGUUCGAUCAGGUCUUAUUAGAAGAUAGAAGGACCAAUAGAUUAGAAGAAUCAAGAAAUAUCUUUGAUACAAUAGUGAAUAAUAUGAUAUUUGGUGGUGUAUCAAUAAUUUUGUUUCUAAAUAAAACUGAUCUCUUGGAUAGAAAAGUAAGAUCGCAUGAUACCAAUGUUCGCUGGUAUUUUCCACAAUUUACGGGCGAUUCACAUUCCAUGAAGGAUGUACAGAAUUUUAUAUUGGAAAUGUUUAUAUCUGUCAAAAAGGACCCAAGAAAGCCUUUAUUUCAUCAUUUUACUACUGCAGUUGAUACAGAAAAUAUUAAAGUUGUAUUUAAUGCCGUAAAAGAUACUAUUUUGCAUCGCAAUUUGGAGUCUUUAAUGCUCCAAUAAUGUAAAGUAAGAAAGGAAGGAGCAGUUAUUAAUGGUUAAAAGGUAUGUGUACAGAACUAGCAUUAAUUGUAUAAAAUGGCCAAUUUAUAGCAUUAAAGUUGCUCACAUUGGCAGUUAGAAGAGUUUACAUUCUUGCAGGACAAUAUUCGUUGAUAUAAGCUACAAUAUUUAUUUCUAUAUCAGUUACGUAAAAUUGAGCACAUGUACAACUGAUCUAUAUUAAAAAAAAAAGAAAAAAAAAAAAGAAAAAAAAAAGAAAAAAAAAGUAAUGUCUUGUCUAAAAGUAUGUCAAGCAGAUAUUCAACUUCUUAUACAUUGUAUCUAUUGAUAAUUAUUUUUAUAGUAUCCUUAGAAGCCUAAAAAAUUUUGUAUAUAAGGGCUUAUGGACAUUAUAUAAUUCAUCAAGUUUAAUUUAGACAUUUUUUUUAUGAGAAUUAGUUUCAUUUCAUUCGGUACAUAUAUUAAUAUACUCUAUAGAAAUUUAGCUUGUUGCUAUCUCGUGCUGCUAAGUGUGCUGAAAAUACUGUCUAAACGAACAAAUUUGUUUUAGGCAUAAAAAUAAUUUAUUUAUACUUAAGACUAAUUAUCUUUGUUAAUGAUCACUACCUUAAGUGGAGAGUAAACCAAAUAUUAGCUCCAUGCCAUAUAAACCAAAUGAGACUAACCACUUGUGUUCAAACGUUAAUAUAUUAACUGAUUUGCUUCCAACUAUGACAAAACAUAUACUGGUUAUUUGAUUUCUGAUCUGAAAUUAUCAAAAUCAUGUAAUUAAAAUGCUUUGAUUUUUAUAGAAAAAAUUAGAUUUCACUUUUAAUAGUUACAAAAAUUUCAUAUGGGAUGUAAUAUAUGACCAAAUUUGGAGAUAAAGUUAAUAUACUAUAUUUAAAGUUGAAAUUUAAACUUGAAAAGAAUCAUGCAAAUCGUAAAGGUAAAAUCUUAUUUUAAUUAUGAUUAUAAUAUAUAAUCAUAUGAAAUGUUAGUGACAAAAUUAAGAUUUGCUUAUUGAUCUUUAAUAUGUCAAAUUUAAAAUGUUGCUAUUUUUCAUAUAUAAAUAUUAUAAUUUUUAUAUUUAUAGCUUUAUAUUAUCAUCUAUUCUAGAUGCUUAUCUAUUCUUCAGUUAUCAUCUCUUUUAUGAAUUAAUGAGUGAAAUCAAAAUAAGCAAAUCUAGACUGAUAAUCAAUCGUAAUUUCAUAUUUUACAUCCUAUUGUACUCAUUGAAAAGUUUUUUGAAAAUGAUCAGUAUUGAUAAUUCUUUUUUUGAAAAACUGUGAUUGUGACGGUUGUCUUUGGUUUCUAAACACUCUCGAGUACAAGCUUAUACGAAUAAUAUUAUCUGAACUGUAUUUGAUAUAAUUUAACUGUAUUAUAUUUAUCUGUUAAUAUACACUUUAUAUAUUAUAAUAAAUACUUCGAUCAUAAAUUUGGGUUAUCGAAUGCAUAACAUAAUUUUCAGUAAAAAUAAUAAGAAUAAUAAAAAUAUUUAACUGUGCAAAAUGAAGAAUAUAAAAGAUAUGCUAAUUAUAUAGUAUGUUCUUAAAAAUUUUUACAAAUCUUUUUCUAUAAAUAAUUUCAAUUAUCUCUUCAAUAAAAUCAAAUUAUCUUUCCUUUCUUUAUAUUAUAUUGGAAUUUGUAUAUUAGGACAAAACAGUUUUUAUAUGUGGCUUGAGAUUUCUACUUCUUAACUAGUGGAGUCUUUAUAAAAGUCUUUAUACCAGAAAUAAGUAUAUACAUUUGCAUAGAAGCAAUAAGUUCAUUUGAUACUACAGAUUUUAUUGCACGCCAAGGAUUUUAUGUAAUGAUGCUGAUGAAACCAAAGACUGCUAUAGUAUAAAAUGAAAGAGAUAAAAUUCCAUAUAACUUGGUUUAUAUAAGUUUAACUGUAAAGUAUAACAUUAUAAAUCUAUUUAGGGAUGAAUAUAUUAUAUUGUUAUUUCAUAAGCGUUUUCUACGAAGUAUUUUUGGAAAUACAAUUCAAAGGUGUGAAAGCAGUUAUUUCCAGUAUUUAGUCUGAUCGUCUAUUACAUAAAAGUCUUGGUUCUUCUUAUUACAUAUAAUAAGAAUUAUGAAAUAGAAAAUAUAAAAAUACGCUUUAAAUAUUUGCUAUUUUCUAUAAUCAAUAUAAGAUUGUAAUAGCAUAAUUUUUGUCUAAACAAAAUCAAUGACCAAAAUUUGCACUUGGAAUCACAUAAAAUUUAUAUACUUACAUCAUGCAAAGACAAGAUGGAGAGUGUAGUAAUUAAUAAUGUUUUUUACGUAAUCAUACAUUCCUAAAAAUUUUAUAAAAUUCAAGUCAUUUAAUGCCUUAUAAGAUCACUAAAUUUACAAUGUUUUUUACUUGUAAUACAUUGCAGUUGUCUUCAGAGUUACUCUUUUCGAGACAGUACUAUUGUACGAUUUUAUACUGUUUAUCGUAUGAAUGAAUAAUGAAACAAACUAUCAAUUUAUACUUUUAUAAAGAUCAUUUGUCAUUUUUAUAAAACUAUUUCGAAGGGAAUUGGAGUCUUGAUAUACAUAGAUUAAAUAUCUAUUUAUAAACUCAACUAUAUACAAUAAUUAUAAUAUGAUAGGAAUCUUCCAAGAAUUGUAUAAUUUCAAAAAACAAAAUAUACAGAUCUGUAUUAAGUUUUAACAAAAAACCAAAAAAAAGAAAAAAGGAACAAAAAAAUGUUGUCUCCGGUAGCAAUAAAUUAUGUCUUUGUGUGAUUGAUAAAUAUUUAUCUAUUGCCAAUUAAAAAAUGAUUCCAAUAUUGUUUUAAUUUUAUAAAUAGCAAUAUUCAUUCUAUUUUGAAUGAACAAAAUUACAUAAACGAACUAUGCUCGUAAUGUUGAUCAUUUCACAAAAGAGAAAAAGUAGAACGGAUUUUUCGUUCUACAGACACAUUUAUAAGGAAUAAGUAAUAAAAUUUUAUAAGCUUGUGCCAAGAAAGAAAUUAUUGAAAUGUCAUUUCAUUAGAUAUUUGUUGUUUUGCAUUUUCAUAUUGCCUGGACACAAGAAAAAUAAGACAAGUCCAAAAUCAAAUCUAUUUGAUAGAGCAAUAUUUUAUAAAAAUUAAUUUAAUUUCUUUCAUUCGUAUCUUGAUUAUAUAGAAACAAGAUAUAUUUAUAUUUCGUAUAUGAUAAUUUCGAAAUUGUAUCAUUUUUCUUGCACACAGGUGAUAUAUUUCUCCCUUUUAGAUUAGUUUGUUAAUAUAAUCAAUGUUUUUAUUCAAUAUAUAUUGAAUCUAUUUACAGAAUUUUCAUUGGAAUAAAUUAUAUACUUUACUGAUUCCCUAAAUAAUUGUAGAAUAAGUUUUUGCUUCAAAUUAUAUUGAAAGUACGAAUUUUUUCAUGAAUUUUAUAAUAAAUCAAAUAAUUCGCUUAUUUUUCAAUAUAGUAUACUCUGUUAAUUUGUUCAUUUACGUAUAUUUUUAAAUGAAACCAAAUGGAAGCACAUAUAAUAAAUUUUAUUCGUUUAGAGCAACUAUUAGAUAUGUUUAGGAACGCAUAAAACAUGCACAUACUGCUGGAGACAUUGUACAUGACUGUAUAAAAAUCAUAGGAAUUAUCAUUUUUGAAUAUAUAUAAUAAUAGUUAUUUAGAUACUGCUUAGUGCAACCACAAUUUUUAUAUUUUAUGCAUCCACAAGUUUAUUACGAUAGGAAGCAAAGUGCCCCCAUAUUUUUAGGCUACGAAAUAAAAUGAAAUUUUUAAUUUUUUGAAUAGUUCUUCAUAACUAAUUAAAAUUAAAGGAAUUUGAUAUUAAAAUUAAAAGAAUUAGAUAUUAAAAGUAAAACUUGCGAAUGUAUUUAUAAAAUAUGCACAAGUAUUUUAUAAUUUUUAAUAUUUAUGUAUAUAUUUUUUUAAUUACCUCCAGUUUACAUAGAGCAAUAUUUAAGAUACCCAAUGAAUAGAUGCUAUAUUGCGCUACUGAAAAGUGACUUUUAUAGAUGGAUUAAGGAAAAUAGAAUUAUUUUCUUGUAGAAUAACUUCAAAGACCAUAUAGUUAUAAACUAAUAUCUAUAAGUUUAUUAUCUUUUCUAUAAAUAAUGUGAUAUUCUUCUACCUAUUAUUUAAACUUUUUUGCAUAUGAAAGUUUUAUCUUGUUAUUUCAUUUGCAUUCUAUUGUAUAUGGUCUGAAGUACGUAGAUACAUUGUGCCUUUUGUAUACUGUAUAUUUGUAUAUAAAAUCACCUUACACAAAUCUUUGUAAUAAUGUAAACUAAAUACAUAAAUAAUAAAUAUAACUUUAGAAAUUA